AUGGUCCUCGGCGCCGGCCCUCUCCUGGACCCAGACGAAACCGACAUGUACAAGCUCUUCGACCGCGCGGCCGGCCUCGACGCCCUCGACCGCGUAGGAGCCGGUGGCGUCGACGCGCGACACGCAAACAAGAACAAGAAGCGCAGGGGCAAGCGGCGCACGGGGCGCGCGCUCGCGGCCGACGCCGUGGCUUCUGAGGGAUCGGCCGACGCGCCGACGGCGGCGGUCGCCCCCCCCGCGGCCCCCGCACCGCCCCGGGCUGCGGCGGCGCCGGUGAUGGAGCCUCCGCCGCGCAUGCGGGCGCCGGAGCCGCCGACGCGGCCGGUCGAGCCCCGCCGCGAUGAGCUGGAGGAGGAGGCGGAGGCGGUGGAGGCGGCGGCGGUGGUUGCUACGCCCGCGGACGGCGCGUCCGUGUCCCCGGCGCCGCCCGCUGCGCCGCAGCCGCCGAAGCGGCCGGCGCCGUCCCGCCGCGAUGUUGAGGAGGCGGACACGGUCCUGGCCGCGGAGGCGGCGGCUGCAGCGGCGCUUUCGCUGCCCUUGUCAGCAGCACCGCCGUCCGCAGCACCAGCAGCUCCGCCGCAGCCGCCGAAGCGGCCGGCGGCGCCCGAGCCCGCGGCGACGACGCGCCAGGACGCCGCCGCACCGGCGCCGGAGCCGACGCGGACGGCGGCCGCCCAAGCAGCCCCCCUCGCGCGGCCGUCGCGGCCUGCUCCGCGGCCGAAGGACGGCGAGGCGUCGUGGGCGCCGCUGCGCGAGGGGCGGCAGGCGGACGACCUCGCCUCGAUGUCGCUCGCGCACGAGCUGUGUCGGUCGCAGACCGAGGUGGGGAUGGAGGUGUUGAAGGCGAACGGGGGGGGUCUCGUGGUGCGGGCCGGGAACGACGCGGGCGCGAGCUUCGUGGGCUUCGUUCCGGUGUCGCGCAUGGCGCCGAACCGGCUGCAGUCGGCGCUGGGCCUCGCCAACCUGCACACGCGCGUCGCCGCCGAAGACGGGGCGUCGGCGCGGGGCGGGAAGCCGCCGUCGAAGGGCGAGGCGCGGGAGCUGUGGCGCGGCAAGAUGAAGGGCGCGCUGCAGGACAUGGUCGGCGCGCGGAUGCAGGGCGUGGUGACCGAGAUCGACGUGGGCCGCGGGCGGGUGUGGCUGGCGGAGGUGGGCGCGGAGACGGGGACGUGCAAGGUGACGGGCGGCACGUGCGAGAGGCCGCAGCGAGGGACCGGGGGAGGGGGCGCGCGCGCCGCGGGGCAGGGCGGGCGCAAGUAG